CGGGCGGGCUGGGAGAAGAGCCCGGGCCGGAUUUCCUUCAGGACUCGGACUCGCCCUCGAGCCGAUGCUCGAGCCAGGGCCUGGGCCCCUGACCCCCCGCCCUGGCGGGCCGCGGGGGUGGCUGCAGAGGGUCCGCGCUGGAAUGACAGUUUCCUCUGGAGAGUGUGUCACCUAGGUGACUGGCCUUCUAGUGUGGGACCCCAGGACCCGGGUCAUCGUCUGCCCCUUUGCAGUAUUGGCAUUUUGAAAACAGUGUGGGAAGGUAACACCGACUCCAGUUCAUCCAUAACCUGGAUUUUUAAUUUAAAAAAGGGAAACAAAGGCUGUUAACUUUGGCACGUAAGUGAAGCUUAGUGGAAUCCGUUGUUUUUAGAUAAAAGAAACGCAGUGCCGUCAGCCUUUGGAGUGCGAGCCCCGCCGAGCACAGCAGUCAUUCCUGCGUCCUGCCGGCUCCGCUGCUGCGCGAGGGAGAGUCGGGGCGGCUUGCUCACCCACAGCAGGCUGCAGGUCCGCCAUUGGAAAGCUUCAGCUCACGUUGUGCUGAGAGCUGAUUCCUGCACGCUUCAACCAGUGAGCCCUACUCCUUCCCUCUGGAGAAGUGUCUUGUACCUGUCCUCCCGGACGCAAAGCGCUUGUAAGUUGCUCAUUUGGAUAAAAUGUCUUCAAAAUUCAAAAAUGCAAAACGAAUCGAAGGCCUUGAUAGUAAUGUGUGGAUUGAAUUUACCAAGUUGGCUGCAGACCCCUCUGUUGUGAAUCUUGGCCAAGGCCUUCCAGACAUAUCCCCUCCUACGUAUGUAAAGGAAGAAUUGUCAAAGAUUGCAGCAAUUGAUAGCCUGAACCAGUACACACGGGGCUUCGGUCAUCCAUCACUUGUGAAAGCUCUGUCCUGUCUAUAUGGAAAAUUUUAUCAGAAGCAAAUCAAUCCAGAUAAAGAAAUCCUUGUGACAGUAGGAGCAUAUGGAUCUCUUUUUAAUGCCAUGCAAGGAUUAAUUGAUGAAGGAGAUGAAGUCAUAGUAAUAGUGCCUUUCUAUGACUGCUAUGAGUCCAUGGUGAGAAUGGCUGGAGCAACACCUGUUUUUAUUCCCCUGAGAUCUAAACCUGUUCAUGGAAAAAAAUGGUCUAGUUCUGACUGGACAUUAGAUCCUCAAGAACUGGCAAGUAAAUUUAACUCCAGAACCAAAGCAAUUAUACUAAAUACUCCACAUAACCCCAUGGGCAAGGUGUAUACCAAAGAGGAGCUCCAAGUAAUUGCUGACCUGUGCAUCAAACACGACACACUCUGCAUCAGUGAUGAGGUUUAUGAAUGGCUUGUAUAUACUGGAAAUAAGCAUUUAAAAAUAGCCACUUUUCCUGGUAUGUGGGAGAGAACAGUAACAAUAGGAAGUGCUGGAAAGACUUUCAGUGUGACUGGCUGGAAGCUUGGCUGGUCCAUUGGUCCUAAUCAUUUGAUAAAACACUUACAGACAGUUCAACAAAACACCGUUUACACUUGUGCCACUCCUUUACAGGAAGCCUUGGCUCAAGCUUUUUGGAUUGACAUCAAGCGCAUGGAUGACCCACAGUGUUACUUUAAUUCUUUGCCAAAAGAGUUAGAAGUAAAAAGAGAUCGGAUGGUGCAUUUACUUGAAAGUGUUGGCCUAAAACCCAUCGUUCCUGAUGGGGGCUACUUCAUCAUUGCUGAUGUGUCUUUGCUAGAUGCAGACCUCUCUGAUAUGAAGAACAACGAUGAACCUUUUGACUAUAAAUUUGUGAAAUGGAUGACUAAAAAUAAGAAACUGUCAGCCAUCCCAGUUUCAGCAUUCUGUAAUGCAGAUACCAAAUUACAGUUUGAGAAGUUUGUGCGAUUUUGCUUCAUUAAAAAAGACAGUACACUGGAUGCUGCUGAAGAAAUUAUCAAGGCAUGGACUGGACAGAAGUCUGGAUAGGAGGAGACUUGUUGCUUUUAGAUGACCUAUUAGUAUGGAAUUGUUAUUUAGUGCUGCCACCUGCUGAAUAGUGAAAAACAAAUGUUUCUGUACAGAUGAAAUUUAAAGAAAUAUUUCCAUUAUUUUUCCAAAGAAGUUAACCCCACUCCUAACAAUAUUCAGGAGAUCUUGUGUUUGGUUGUUUCAGUUGAAAUGUAUUAAAACACCUUCCACUAUUAUUUUAUGAGAGGUAAUGUAGCAUUGUGGAUAAGAACUGUGAGAUGAUGGUUGAUGCUUAACUUCUCUGUGCUUUAGUUUCCUUAUCAUAAAAGGCGAAUAAAAAAUAGCCCCUACUUUA